AUGCCCGGCAUACGAACAGCGACAAAGCGCAAGCGCGGAUCCGAUGGCAACCAAGCCGAUACUGAAGCCAGUCCCACUACUGGAGUUGGAGGAUCUCCACCAGCCAAGCGUGGUCGACCUGGACGCAAACAUGGCAGGGGCAGACAUGGACAGCCCAGUCCAAGUCAGCCAUCUCCAACAACCGCAGCCGGUUCAUCCGCCACAAACACCAAAACUGCUGGUGGUACGACCGCUCCUCAGGCUCAAUCAAGCAGUGGUGCUGGUGGAACAACAUCCGCGGCACCCCGCCACACCCUCAAAUUCCUGGACAGAACGGCCCAGCGGUUGUCUCAUGGCCCUGAGUUGUCCCGGCCACCCUGGGGGCAUUUCUCGGGCGAAUCACGCCAAACUGGGCCCACCAACUCGUCUGCACUGACAUCAGCCCAUGUUGUAAGACCGCUCCCCUCGAGUCUCGACCCCAGCCCGCUGCCCACUCCCUUCACUGACACCAAACGGCUGCGCGACAUCAAUAAAGAAGCGGUCAUCGUCUUGUCAUUGUCGCCCAGUCCUAUGUAG